AUGGAAAAGUUUAUAAAUACCCAAGCUCAACAAAAUAAAGAAUUUGCAAAUCAAAACGCUCAUACGAGUGAACUGAUGAAACAAUUAUCAAAUAAGUUUGAUGUUAUGGCUACCCAUAACAAAAUGUUAGAAACCCAGAUCUCCCAAGUAGCCCAACAACAAGCCACAAUAGCAUCCCCAACUAGAGCAUUUCCUGGUCAAUCUCAACCAAACCCAAAAGGCCAUGCUAACACUAUCACACUUCGGAGUGGGACAGAACUAGAUGAACCAGUUGAUCCAAGAAUUCAAAAUUCGGCCAUGUAUCAAAAUUCUGGUAAAGGAUCCAAAAAAGUAAACGAACCAACCAAUGAUGGAAAGAAAGACGAAAACAAAGAGGCAAAAGAUAAAGAACCACCUUAUGUUCCUCCGCCACCAUACAAACCACCUGUACCUUAUUCCCAAAGGCUUGUUAAUUCCAAAAAUGAAAGACAGUUCAAGAAAUUCGUGGAACUUCUGAAGCAACUAAACAUAACCAUACCAUUCACAUAA